AUGCCGCAACUUUGUAGAGAAUAUGUGUUCGUCCAUCAAUCGGCCAUCGUCAAGAACAACCCGAGAAAGGCUGUACGUAGUGUGGGAGAUGGCGAGGUCGUUGAAUUCGACGUCGUUAUCGGUGAAAAGGGUCACGAGGCAGCCAAUGUCACUGGCCCAGCCGGUGAAGCAGUAAAAGGUUCACCUUACGCCGCAGACAAGCGUCGCGGAUAUCGCGGUAUUCACUGGGUGUAUCCGAGACGUGGCAAUGGUCGACCGCAAAAUCGUAGAUCACGCGAAGGUCAAGAGGGUUACGAACAAGGAGAAGGAAAGGUCGGCGAUGACGCAAACGCCGAGGGAGGCGGCCAGCCACAGCAGCAACAGCGUCGCUAUAGGCUGCGUCGUCAUUAUGAUGGUUAUUACCGUGGAGGACGGCGUUCCGGGCCCAAUCCAUCACAGCAGCAAGGAGAUGCUGGCGAAGGUGGUGAGCAAGCGGAAGGAACCGGCGGUGAAGGUGGAGCUCCGCCUCGCGGUGGUGGUCGUGGACGCGGUGGUCCAUCACGACGUUACUUCCGCCGCAAUUUCCGCGGAGGAAGAGGUGGUGGUCCGCCACGACGUCCUCGCAGUCAGGAUGGCCAGGUGACCGAUGACGAGGCUGUUGGCGAGAGUGCACAACUUGAUAAUUCGCGGAGAAAUCCACAACCACGUUACAGACGACGAUUAGUACGACGACCUCGUGCGACGUCGAGCCAACAGACGAACACAGUAGAGAGCUUAUCAUCUGCGGAGACAAAACGCAAAUCCUCCAAUCCCGCUUCCUCUCCCGUCACGUCUCUUCAAACACAGGUUACCGAUAUCCCUUCCAAGUCCUGCGAUAAAUCCCCCAAGUCGGAGCAGAAGUCUGAUGCACCUAAAGAUUCGGAUGCACCUGCCGCUGCCCCUGCUCCACAGGAGAGCCAGCCGGUGCAGAACACCACCACCGAAAGCACCGCCUAACCGAGACAGAGUAACGCGCUAUUACCGCAGGACACUCCUUUUUAACAUAUAACACCAACACCCGUUAUACGCUGCUACAUCGACAACAAAACAAUUGCAAAAAAUCCAAAAAAAUAAAACAAAAAAAAGAAAUCAACAAACACUACUCCACACUCUCUCCACGAAAGCAAAUUAAAAUUAAGAUACGUAUGAAAAUUGAGAAGCGUACAGUUGUGCUUGACGGAUUCUUUGAAAGAUAACAUAGUUUCAUCCCUGAUAUCUAGGUCCGACUUAAGUUAUUUCGCUGGAAGAACUUGUUGAGAAUAGCCGUAUGCUUCUCGGAAAUUCGGACAGAAAGGUAAAGCAAUUACGGAGUACAGAGCGAUGAAUUCGAGCGCGGCAAGAGAUAGAUAUAUCUAUAUAUAUUUUUUUGUUUUUGUUUUUGUUUUUGUGUAUUUCUUGUUUCGUACAUUACUUCUAAUUUGUCUCCGGCAAAGCGCAUUAUAAAUCGUUUCAUAUACGAUAUUUGAGUUUAUUGCUACAUUUCCGCGAGCUUUCUUCACUUUUCGGCGACUUUUCCAUCAAAAGGAGUAGUGAAAACUGAUAUGUGGAUACUGCUGAUAAUAAAUGAAUCGAACAUUUGCCUGUCUCGGAAUCAGUCGUUUCUUUUUGGCUUGUAUUUCAAAAUUGAUGAGCUACCGUAUUGCUUUCACUCUUUCAGUAAGAAGAAUUGGAGUUGCCGUGGUCACAACAUUAUCCUUGAGUAUUUUAAAAUUGUACUGUUGAUUGCAAGAUGAUUGUAUUCAUCAAAUGCAGAUCAAUUCUGAUAAUCGAGGAUGACAAUGGGGCCGUGGUUCUAAUUUUCUUAUACUUUACAGGCGAUCACAAACAGAAACAAUUAUUGUAAUAGCAUUUAUCUCGGCCAUAUUUUUACAAUUGUUAAUAUUGGCCCCUGGUGGGUCUCCGGCGGUUUAUUAUUAAUUAGUGAUUAUUGUUUUGACUUUAUGCAUUAUUGGUUACUCAUGAAAUUGGGCGCGAAAACUCAUGAGGUGUCACGUCGUGAGUUUUCCCGGGCUGUGAGCGGCGCUCGAAGGUACACUGAAUUUUGAUCGCGUUCUUUUUUUGUCGACGACAAUGCGUAUAUUAGUACAUCCUAUAAAUCGUGUUAUCGGGCCUAAAGGCACUUCGAGCUAGCCACAAGCAGAGGGGAUGGCUCCUCACCGUGGAACCUCAAAGAUUUUCGCGCGUGAGUAAAUCGUCCGGUCAUUUCUAAAAUUAACUUCGGUCGACCAUGCACCGGGCAGGUCGUUUUUUUUUUUUAUAUUAAAUCACUGACCCGCUUGCAUGCGGCAAUCGACUCGAUUUGACUUUUCGAAACAAGAGCCGGGCGUAUCACAUACAUCGGCUCGACUGACAAUACGAGUAUCGUAGACUGUCACGAGAGUACGAAAUAGAGCGCGAACAAGAGUGAGAGAAAGGGAAAGAAAGAGAGA